AUGGCUGAUUUGGCACUCACCUUCACCCCCACCGAGCUGCAAAACUUCAGGACGUCCCAAUACGUCAGUGCUGCAGGGCUUGUGGUUUUGCUAUGGGACCACUUCCUAACGUUUCAUGACGAGGUUGAGUUGAUCUGGCGUGCUCGAUCAACUUUUCCCAAGCUGUUGUUCUUAUUUAACCGAUAUGUUGUCCCGGCUUCCCUGAUUAUCCUCACGCACGCGACCAGUGGGUUUUCAGAAGACAUUCUUUCAGAUUUGUUGUAUGUGGCUAAGCAGACAAAACGUGGACUUCAUACUGAUUUUCUGCAAAGCUGCCAAACAUGGUUUGGUGUCAUCAUAGUUGUCGGCAUGGUAUCGAUCGCCACCAGUAACUUUCUCAUCCUCCUUCGUCUAUGGGUCCUCUGGGAUCGCAAAACCCGCCUUGUGCUAGUUACUCUGCCUCUUUUUCUGGUAACGCAGAUAACGGCAAUCGUUUGUACGACCUACGUUGUAUCGAGCAUGAUGCCUUUGGUGGUCUUUGAGCCGUACUUGCAUUCCUGCAUAUUGACACAGAAGGUGAACUUUGUGAUCCUGUGGACUCCUGGGAUUGUGUUUGAAAUUAUGAUAUUUAUUACGACCUGGUGGAAUGCCCUGGACCAACCGCUCCCGCAGCAUGCAAAAAUGGCGAAGGUCAUGUAUCGUGACGGAAGCAUUUACUUCUUCGUUUUAUUUGGAUUGCGUCUUUUAAAUCUGAUUGUGUCUAUCGUUUCGCCUCUGUCAUUAAUGUUCCUUGGAGUUUUUUUCAUCUGGAGCGCCUGCAAUGUGACGCUGACCCGACUUAUCAUAAACUUGCGGCGGGCCGGUGCCGAGGCUGAAGAAAGUCUCUUCGCGGAUGCUCACACUUAUGCUCCACGCAGCUGGCCUCUCUUACCUAGACAGGGGAGUUGUGUGUCGGAAAACUACGAGCUUCAAGGCAAGAGUCCUGAUAUUGAGAUUUGUACCCGCCUUUCCUCUGUUACGUCGAUCACAACGUGA